CGUGAGGCGCCGGGGCCCACCGAGUCUGUGACUAGCUGCGCCUCCUAGCGGGGAUCCCGCCAUUCCCAGCUCCCGAGGGCCCCCCACCCGGCCGCCACUAUGUUACAGGAAAUCAGUGAGCAGAGCUCGGAAGCGGGAGAUGACAGUCUAUCUGCGAUUACCUACGAAUCAGACUUAGAGAUGAAAUCAAAAAAGAAAACUUUUCACAAAUAUCCACCAAGAUCACCAAAGUCUCCCUAUCACACUAAGCCUAAACAGAUCGCAUCUUGGAGAUAUUUAAAGGCAACAGGGACAAUGCCUCUCAGUGGCAGGAUGGCUUUAACCCCACAGAAGCUAUGGCUUGGACCUUCAAAACAAGGUCAUAGUCCUGGGGCCCCUGUUUAUAGAGAGAAGGAAGAUAUGUAUGAUGAGAUUAUUGAAUUGAAGAAGUCAUUACACUCUCAAAAAGGUGAUGUGGAUUUUAUGAAAACAAAGCUUCGACGAUUAGAAGAAGAGAACAGCAGAAAGGAUCGGCAGAUUGAACACCUCCUAGAUCCUAAUCGAGGCUGUGAAUUUGCCCGGAGUAUGGUUGACAAAAGGCCUGGUACUGGCUGGGUCAUUAAUGGACUAAAACAGAGAAUUAUCAAGUUGGAACAGCAGUGCAAGGAAAAGGACAAUACUAUCACUAAACUUCAGACAGAUAUAAAGAUGACUAAUUUGGAAGAAAUGAGGAUCGCCAUGGAGACUUAUUAUGAGGAGAUCCAUCGUCUCCAGGUUCUUUUGGCAAAUACUGAAACUACCGGAAAGAAGUCCCCAACCGACAAGAAGUCAACUCAGAAAAGGCAGAAGAAAUUGAGUGCUACUGUUCUACACUUGUCAAGGAAUGUUCAAGAACUUCAGGAGGAGAACCAAAGCUUGAAGGAAGAUCUGGACCGGGUGCUAAGCAAUUCCCCUAUUUCUAAUAAAGCAAAAGGUUAUAGUGAAUGGAGUAAACAAAGGCUAAUGAGACGAAUCUCAGAAUUGGAAAAGAAAGUGGGUGAGCUCGAGAACACAGGAUCUCAUUCUCCAGAACAGGUCAGAUUGGUUCCCUUGAUUCAGUCAGCACCAAACACAGUCCAGCAGGAUCUGCUGAGAUCUGAGCACUCUGAGGAGUGCGAGCGCCUUCGAGGGAUAGUAAGAAAGCUGAAGGGGGACCGGAGCGCCCUGCAAGCUCAGCUGUCUGAUAAAGAUUUGGAAAUGAAGCAGUUACUACAGGCAAAAGCUGCUUUGGAGAAGGAGCUGAAAAAAGUGGAGGAUACAGAGAAAGACAGAAAAGAAAAAGAAGAUACCAUGAGAGAGGAAAUUCAAAGACUUACCAAGAAGUUGCAAGAGACGGAAGUAGACCAGAGAAAAAUUGAAGAUGACCCCAUGGAGAUAACACAUGAGGCUCCGGAAGAUGCCUUUAUCUCCUCCAACGUUACCUGUAUCCAGACUCAGCAAGGUUCUGUAUCGAGUUCAAGUAAUGUGUCCUCUCAGCCUCCCACUUUCCACUCUGAUGCAAGAAAAAAAGAGCACAGAAGAGAUAAAGCUGCCAGAAUUAUCCAAUCUCAGUGGAAGAUAUUCAAUAGAAAGAAAAAAGAGGCUAAUCUGGAUGAGGCGGCUGCUGUGCUGCAAGCAGUUUUCAGGGGACAUUUAGCACGGGAGAAGCUGUUUUCGAGCGAUACAUUUGGUUCAGAAUUUCCCAGCAUGCCCAGCUUUCCAAAUAAGAGAUCCAACACAUCCCGCUGUCAUAGUUCCUCAGUUUUGGUGGCUGAUGACAAGGAGGAAGACGAGGCUAUUGCAGUCAUCCAGUCGAUUUUCAGGGCACAUUCAACACGGAUGGGAUACCAUGCAAAAACAGCCUCUGACUCUCCCAUAAAUGAAAAGAAAGCUAUUUCAGCAAAGAAAUCAACCUCUCUAGUCUCUGCACCAUCUUCUCUUGGUAAAGAAGAUAGUGAAGUUAGUAGUGAAGAGGCUGUAGAAGAAUUCCCAGCUGAUGAUGAUGAGAGUAUGCAACCGAAAGAGCUGAAGGCACUGGUUCACCAAUCCUGUUGUGCUGUUUCCUCCCACACCCGGUUGCAGUCCAUUGUUGCUCCACCAGUGGAUGAAGUAAGCUCCGACGAUUCCGAUGAUAUCGUCAUCUCUCCAUCUCUACCCGUGAAGAAAAAAAAUCCUCCCCAUUUUUAGUUUUAGGCUGUUGUAACUGCCACAGAAACUGCCCCACACACGAAGCUAUUCUUUAUUCUUGGAUGAGGUUAAGGCUAAAAGCACAUAGGACCACCUUGAGCGCUUAUUCUCUAAUGCUGGAAGAACAGUUUGAUUAGUAGGGAAAUGACAUCUAUUUUUACCCUUAGAGAUUUAAGGCACCAAGCUAGCCACAAUGCAAAAGUUAUGAGUGGUAGAGGAUCAAAGAAAACUUCAGGUAGAGUCCUGGGUAGUUUUUCCCUUUGUUUUUGAAAGUAUCAUUAUCAACAUUAUUAGUAGAUGAGAGCUAUAUUUUGAAGAACAAAAGCUGAAUUUCAGUUUCUUCUAGUAGACCUCUUGCAGCAGGCAUGAUACUUCCCACAUUCCUGGGCAUAUCCACCCCGCUGCUUUAGAGCUCUCUACUGAACAAUAGUAUAAGUCUUCAAAGUGGAGCUGGUGAUUUUGUCACUGGGAAAAUAAAAACUAAAAAACACACAAUUAUAAACCAAAGAAGCUACAUUAAAAUUAGUUUUGAAAAUGUAUUAGAUUGGUUUAGCAAGCAGACUGAAGAGAGGAAAAAUCACUGAUCACAAAGUGAAAAUGAAGUCCUCCCAUUCUGACAUAUAAAAAGCCCUUCAUUCUCGUCAUCAGUUGUUUUGUUCCUUCUGCAUAGUGAAGACCACCCUUAUAUUUUGAGCAGCCCUUGUAAAGACUAUUAUAACCAACAGUAGGCCAAAUGUUGAACUUCUCCAGAAUCCAGCUGCCCCAAAUGGAAAGAGCUGCCAUCCUUGGAAGGAACAGCUUUUGAAACUUAGGGACUGUGUAUGUCAGAAGAGUGCCUUAUCUUCUCGGAGGAAUAUGUUUUCCCUUAGGAAAUCACAGAUGAGUGCUCUCUUUACACGCAGAACUUAUCUUCCAUUUAAAUGGAUAUGUGUAAGAAUUAGGAAGGAGAUGAAACUUCAAAUGCCCCUUGGCCAGAAGACAUGUGAUGCAUUCUUAGAAAGCAAGAUCCAAAUGUCACAUUAAUGCCCAGAUUUCCGGAGUUAUUCUAGGAGUUCCACUACAAGUACCUGGUUCUGCAAUCAUUUUGUAGCAUAAAGCAGGCACUGGCAACAGGGAAGCAGGUGGGAGAGACUGACUGACAUGUUUCUUCUGUCCAGUGACUCGAUGAAUUGUCUCCAAUGCUCUGUCCCCUUACAAAGUUCUGUCUCCAUCAUAAGUUUGACAGGAUCGAAUCAGUAGAGUGUUUAGAGUUCAGAGGUCAUAUUUGUACUGUCUGCUGCAGUCAUCCUUCAGUCUACACCAGCGGCUUUCUCCAGUUAGGCAGUUUCUAUAGAACUAGUUGGAAAGUGAAAAAUUCAUUCAAAUGCCCCGAUCUUUUUGCUUUGUUAUCAAUUGUCAUGGUAUCAAAUAAUUGUUCCUUGAAAAAAAUAUUUUUGCCUGGUGGUUUGACUGAAUUGAUUGAUGUUUUUUGGCAUUUGCAGGAUUCAGCCUCACAUGUUUCUUUGUGAUCUUCCUCCUUCCUUUCACUGGGUUCCAGAGUUAAUCUGUUCAAUAAGGUAUAAAGACCAGGAGGAUUCAGUUAAAUCCAAGAAAUCCCUGCCCAUAACUGCUCAGCCAAUAUAGGUUAAAAAUGAAAAUUUCUAUUUACUACUUCCCCACUUAAAAAAAAAAGAAAUGUAUUCAAUUUCUUUCUGCUUUUGCUUUUUAACUCUUAGGAAUUAAUGAUCCAAGAAGUUAUUUAUAACUUCCUGGGGAGAGGGUAAGGGGUAGGGGUGAUAGACUUCCUUUUCCUCUUAGGAGAUUUGGUUGUCUCUACCUUUGAGCCCAAAGCUUCUUGUCCAGAUAAGGCUGUGUAUGGCGACAGGAUAACAGGCAACUGUCAACCCAAACACUGAUUACUAGGGCAGUCAAGUCAGAGAAGUUUGAUUCUUUUCCAGAAUGUCAAGAGGAGGUACAGAUGACCUUUAUGAUGUGAUCCAUACAUGUCUGUUGAAGUAAUAAAUUGGGGAAAACCCACACCAUUUUCUUCAGC